GCCAAAUUAUUUUUUAUUACUGCUUAAAAUUAGGCAACAUCUGACCGUAGACGGCACGCUGUUGAGUGCCCGAAUCUGUGAGUUGCAUAAUUGUAAACAUGUUUUCCUAGUGUCUGGUGGGUGAGAGGUCGUAACAUAUUGCCAAACCUGGACACAUUCAAAGCUGUAAUCAAGUUUACUGUGGCAAAGAUGUUUAUACCAGAAAAGAUACAGGUCAAAUGUUUCCAAUAAAGUAGAUCAAUAAGAAAAGAUUAAAAGUAAAAAAACAACAACAACAAAUUCUACAAUUUCAGUUUUAACUUAACUUGUGUUGUUGAAUCUGUGAGGUAAUUCAUCAGCAGCAGCUGUUGAGAAGAUUACAAAAAGAAUCUUUAAGAGUGAAGAAGCCAAGAGUGAGUCCACAGUGCAGACUCAACUGUGUGUCUGUCUGUGUUAGAUUUAUGACUUAUGUUUGCAGCGUAAUCCAGAUUACUGCUCAGUUUACACAUUUAGAUUGGGUGCCAGAUGUAAAUAGUUCAAUAAAAAAUCAAGAAGUCAAGAAGUGUUGAUACCAUCACUUAUUUUUCACAGCAAACAGGAAUCAGUUUGGCAGAAAGAAAGCAUCCGGGUGUGUCAGUGUGAAAAACAUCUGGAGCUGGAGUCACACUCAUUCUGUGAACUCGUUCUGCCUGAGGUUAUAGAUCACGAGGGAAACGUCAGGGCAAGGAGAGAGAGGUCAGAGUGGUGUCUGAUUGGUUGUUGAAGACCAGUCAGUGCACGAGUGUCUGGUAAUAUGCUUAUUUCCUUUAACUACAAACUGUUUUUAAAGGUUGCACAAAGUGGAAUUGAAAAUAUUGGAGUGAGACCAUUAUGGAAAUAAACAAGAUAAGAAAUGCUAUUAGGACUGCUACUAAAACCGUCAUCUGUCCGUCCUCUCCUCUUGUUCGCAGCUCAGGCUUAACUGAAUUGCGCUCACCUGCUCCCGGUGUUCUAUCAAUUUGUAUGCUUUGUUUAUUGCGCAUGCAAACACGCUGGAAUACGCAUUCACGUUUCCCAGAACAUAAAACCAGUAUAGCCCUUAAAAGAAGUAAGUAUUUAAUUAAUUUUAACUGUUAAUACAGCAAAUUAUGUAUAUAUAAACGUGUUUCACUUGUAACCUUUUAAAAAUUAUGUGUUUAACGGUCGGAGGUAAAUUGAGACGCCAUGUUGAGGAAAAUGGGUCUCCACUGUCCUCUCCUGUUGGUUCCGGCUCCUACUAACAUAAAGAGAGGCGUGAAUAACUGAAUUGCGUUCACCUGCUCCCGGUGCUGGGCCUCUCUGGUGAAACAGUCAUUCAAAUGUAGUAUUUUUAAUAAUUUAAUCUGUUUAUAUUGUUGCAUCUAUAUGAAUAGAUAUGAUAUUUAUUAUUAUUGCUGUUGUAUUGUCACCACGAACACGUCAUAUACAGUAUGUGUACACAUACAAGUGUAUAUGUAUAUAAAUACAAAUAGUUUAGAGGAGGGAGAGUGGAUAACUUCGAAGAGAGACGUCCCAGGUCCAGUGUCCUGACUACAGCUUUACUCUUAUAGUUAUUCUUUUUGAAAUAAGGACUGGUCUGGUUCUCUUCCACCUCCUCUCCCCUACUUCGAUCCCACUCUGGGGACUUUGUGGAACUCCUCCUGGGUGACAGCUGCAUGCUUGGCACAACACUUCUGUCUGCUGAGGCGGCAAUGCUGCUGUCUCCUCUGUCAAAGUUCAGACACUGUAGAUCAAUAUGCUCAUUGAUCUUGAAUCUUGGUACCAGCUGGCCACACAGAGGGCAAGGCAACUUAGAUGGAGGCUGUCUACUGAAGAAGCUAGUGAUGGGAGUCGUUGAAGCGGGGGCAGCACUGGCAGAAGUCCCAGCUGUGGCAGAUCCUUUACCCCUGUGCUUCAGUUUCUUUCUGUUGUUUUUCUCUGCCAUGGUGGAGACGUGGACGCGGCAACGCUGGGUUCCUGGGCAGCUGUGCGAUUUUUAUUCAAAAAUCACCAUUCCGAGGAGAGCAAUCUGAGAGAGCGAGAGAGACACAGAGAGAGAGGGAACUGAGGUGUUUUUACAGGGAGAAACGCCAUCAGCAGUGACGCCGGCUUGAUGGCAGUGGGGUCACAAGGUCAGAUAUGGCUCAUGGUAAGAGACCAGGAACCAUUUCCAAAAUAUUGGCCACCAGCCCUCCAAUAUGCUCUGAUCCAAGAGUCAUAAAACAGAGCCAAGAGGAGCAUCCAGGUUUGUUGAGCGAAGGGUCCAAACCACCACCCUGCACCUUAAAGGGAGAUAAAAACCAUGAGCUGACUUGUUCUGCAUCUGCAAAGCACUUUUACAGCAGCUCUGAUCCUGGUCCUGUGGAAAUGGAGGACACCUGCUCUGAGUAUGAUAAUGUGGGUUCAGAUGUUGAGCAGGACUAUGAUGAAGUUUUACAUUUGAACAAAGAGGGCAUGGUAGACAUGAGGUACUAUAAACAAUACUGUCCUGAGGAUGGUGGCUAUAUAAAGCAGACAGGUUGUGAUCAUAUUAAUGGGAACAGCAGUGUAGUUAACCAGUUCAGCCCGAGAGUUCACCUUAACACUGAGGUAUGUGAAGCAUCACAGUCUGAUUCUAAACCUCAUAAGAUGGACCAUCGCUUUAGGUCACACUGUGCCCCAUUUACUAGGGAUGACAUGGCAAGGGAACAUGAAAAGAGCCAGGAAAAUCGGUUCUUUUUCAAUGAUGGAGAUGAAAUAGAGGAAGUGCUGGAUGGGGUCAGAUUUAUUGAAGAUUUAGAGGAAUCAGAAAGUAUAGUUGAAAGACCAACCAGUCUUUAUCAGAGCAGUAACACUGAGAGAAUUAAAAAGGGAAGUGAUGUAAAGGAAAGAGAUGAUGACUCUAAAGUUACAAGAAUCACUAAUAUCCAAGGAGCCAGUAAGAAGUGUGAGUCAUCUCAGUUGGGUUCAAGAGAAAGAGAGAGACAAGGUAAAGCAAGAGGGAGGAGGGGACCAGGAGAGGACGUUGGACAUAUUGUUUCUGGGAUCAAAGGAUGCAGCACUGAACCGUGUCCAAAAACUUCAUCAAAAGACUCCAAGAAGGCUGUUGUGCGAUCCAAAGUUAGAUCAGGUGCCAGUAAGCAGCAGCAGCAGCAGCAGCAGCAGCAGCAGUAGCAU